UGACAGCACCGUGUCCCGCAUGGAGAUUCACCUGCUCUUCGACCAGCUCAUCUCCGAGAACUACAGCGAGGGCGGCGGCGUGGCCCCCGAGGAUGUCAGUGCUCUUCUUGUGCGAGCUUGUCAGCUGGUGCCUCUUAACCAGAAUCACCUUGUGAGCAAAGUGUGUCAACUGAUCCAUCGUUUGCUUAACAGAUUACAGGUGGUUGUGGAUGAGCCAAACUUAGAUUUCCUGUUGACCUACACGAUCUCCGCUCUUCAACAGUGUAGCUCUUGGACACACAUGGAAAUUCUUCAAGCCCUGGCAGCUCUGGUUUACUGCAAUGGCUCAAAAUGUCAAAAGCAUCUCCCAGACUUGCUGGGCAAGAGUGGCCUCUUGAUGAAAUUGAGUGAUUUAUCUCACUCUGACCCUGAAGUCAGGAGAGCUGCAGUACACUGUAUGGCAAACUUAUGUCUCAGUGUGCCAGGACAGCCAUACUUGGAGGAGCCCUACCAGCAUGUCUGCUUCCAAGCUUUCUUGACCAUUUUACAGUCUCCAAAAUCGUCUGAUAUGGAUGAUAUAACAUUUUGCAUGCUGUUACAGAAUGCACUGAAAGGCAUACAGUCGCUUCUCAAUGGUGGGAAGAUGAGGCUGACGCAGACCGAGCACCUGGGAGCGCUUCUCGCUGUGCUGAAGAAAGCCAUGUUUCACGGACUCCCUGGAUUAAACAUAGAGAUGCCCGCAGUGCUAUACCCAACUCCACUUCCUCAGUAUGAUGGGCGAUCUCCUGUUAAACCCCAGCAGCCAGAAUCCACUACUGCUCGAUCAUCUGCGGUAUGUGUCUGUCCACUGAGAUUUCAGCUGUGGAGCAUUCGAGUGCUUGCCUGUAGCUAUGAAUGCUUUUUGUGAUUUGCUUCCCAGCUGCCUCAAGAAGCCACUGAGAGCUUGUUUGCAAGUUAGUGUGGUUAAUAUAGAAAUUUUAAAUCAGUCAGAUUUCUAAGAGUGCCAGUUGGAGCACGCUGUGCUUCCGUUGUCUGGGCAGUAUAACUGCUACAAGCACUUCCUUUACAUCCAACACUGAGAGCUCAUUGCUCGGCCUCUCCAAACCAAGAAGAAUCAAUACACUCCUGUGUGUAAAGGACCGGCUGUCACAGGUACCCGAGUGCAAAAACAGGCAAGGACUCACCACAGAAGCAGCUGGGUGUGGCUGUGUUCCAGUAAACCUUAGAAAUGGAAGCCUUUGGGUCAUAAUGUGGCAGCUCUUCCCUAGAGCCAUUGUGAAGUCCACCAGCCUGUCAGGUCACUGUCCCCACCAUGCUACUGUCAUAUUUCCCUGCCUUUCUAGACGGCUGUCUCUUCCCUCAGUUCCCUUGGCCACUCUGAAGCAUACAGGUGUAUGUCCAGUAGUGUUCGUCAUGCAUCACGCCGGGCAUGUCACGCCACUCUCUGAUUUUUGUCCUUGUCACUUUUCCUCGUACAGCAUGUGUGAACAUCCCCAGUCAGUUUCAAAUGAAAAAGUACCAGUGAUUUCAGUGAAAAGUAGUUUUUGGAUGACUAUCAUAAUGUAUAUGUGCAAAUAUCUAUUUAUACACAUAGGCAUGUGUGUGUGUGUGUAUAUAUGUAUGUAUGUAUGUAUUUUGUCUUUGUUUGUUCUUAAAAUCAGAAUAAAAAGAAAAAACACAAAGUAAAAACAAAGAAAACUCAACAAGGAGAGAAAGCGGAGGAGGAAGAGGAGGAGCCCUGUGGUGAAGUGGAAGCAGCACCAGGGCUCAGCAUGGACCAGGCGAAUGUGAGUGGCGAGAGCGCCUGGUGCUCCUCCCCGUGGGGCUCCCAGGGUUUGCCUGUGGAUGGAGGCAGAGCUGCCGGAAGAGAGCAGGCCUCCUUGCCCUUCGCCUCCUCCAGCUGGAAGAGAGUCAGCAGCAGUGAGUCAGACUAUUCGGAUGCAGAAGGAGGCAUGCAGGGUAAAAUGAGGUAGUCAUACCAGGCCAAGGUUCGCCAAGGGGCACUAGCUUGUUUUCUUUCUACUAUCAAAUCAAUAGAAAAGAAAGUUCUAUACGGCUACUGGUCUGCCUUUGUUCCUGACACGCCGGAGCUCGGAAGCCCACAGUCAGUGUCCUUAAUGACGCUCACAUUAAAGGACCCGUCUCCAAAGACCCGUGCCUGUGCUCUUCAAGUCCUGUCUGCCAUCUUGGAAGGCUCAAAGCAGUUCCUUUCUGUUGCUGAAGACACUAGUGACCACAAACGGGCUUUCACGCCCUUCUCAGUCACAAUUGCAUCCAGCAUUAGAGAGUUGCACAGAUGUCUUUUGUUAGCUUUGGUGGCAGAGUCCUCGUCCCAGACCCUUACUCAGAUAAUUAAGUGCCUUGCAAACCUAGUAUCAAACGCCCCCUACAACCGUCUGAAACUCAGCUUGCUAACCAAAGUCUGGAACCACAUAAAGCCUUACAUCCGCCACAAAGAUGUUAAUGUCCGAGUGUCAAGUCUCACGCUCCUAGGAGCUAUAGUGUCCACUCACGCUCCUUUGCCGGAAGUCCAGCUGCUUCUUCAACAGCCCUGCUCCUCUGGACUCAGCAGCAGCAGCUCAGCAACCCCUCACCUCAGCACUCCUGAUGGCUGGAAGACAUUCCCUGCAGGGUCCUCUCUGGAAGAAGCAUCGCUCAGCUCACCAAAGGGGUCAUCGGAGCCCUGCUGGCUCAUCCGACUCUGCAUUUCCACUGUGGUGCUGCCCAAGGAGGACUCCUGCUCAGGUAGCGAUGCUGGCUCCGCCCUGGGAAGCACCUAUGAACCAUCCCCCAUGCGGCUGGAGGCUCUACAGGUUUUGGCUCACCUGGCGAGGGGCUAUUUUUCAACGGCUCAGUUGUACUUGAUGGAGCUGGGCGAGGUGAUCUGUAAGUGCAUGUGUGAGGCAAACCCAUCCAUUCAGCUCCACGGCGUGAAGCUCCUGGAAGAACUGGGUGCAGGCUUGAUACAGCAGUACAAGCCAGAUUCCAACAUAGCGCCUGAACAGAGAGUGCCAGUCCACCUGGUGGUGGUGUUCUGGACUGCGAUGCUGAGUGGUCCUUUGCCCCGAGCCCUGCAGUCUGCAGAGCACCCGACUCUCCAGGCGAGCGCCUGUGAUGCCCUGUCCUCCAUCUUGCCAGAGGCCUUCAGCAGUCUGCCGAACGACAAGCAGAUUUUGUGCAUUACAGUGUUGCUCGGCCUGAAUGACAGCAAGAACCAUCUAGUGAAAGCCGCCACCUCCAGGGCCCUUGGAGUCUACGUGCUUUUCCCGUGCCUCAGACAGGACGUCAUAUUUGUUGCAGACACAGCAAAUGCUAUAUUGAUGUCACUUCAAGAUAAGUCACUAAACGUGCGCGCCAAAGCAGCCUGGUCCCUGGGCAACCUGACAGAUACUCUGAUUGUCAACAUGGACACACCAGACCCAAGUUUCCAGGAUGAGUUCUCUGGACUCCUGCUCUUGAAAAUGUUGCAGUGUGCAAUACAAGCCUCCACAGACAAAGACAAGGUCAAAAGCAAUGCGGUCCGGGCCCUGGGGAACCUGCUUCAUUUUCUCCAGCCCUCUCACGUAGAAAGGCCCAGGUUCGCUGAAAUCAUUGAGGAGUCCAUACAGGCUCUGAUCUCCACUGUUGUAAACGAGGCCGCCAUGAAAGUGCGAUGGAAUGCCUGUUACGCGAUGGGAAAUGUUUUUAAAAACCCUGCUCUUCCACUUGGGACAGCUCCGUGGACCUCCCAGGCCUACAAAGCCCUGACAUCAGUUGUGAUGUCAUGCAAAAACUUCAAAGUGCGCAUCAGAUCUGCCGCAGCCCUCUCCGUUCCGAGCAAGAGAGGACAGUACGGGUCCCUAGAACAGUUCAUCCAGAUCUGGAGUGCGCUGGUCACUGCCCUGCAGAAGAGCGAAGACACCACAGACUUCCUGGAGUUCAAGUACUGUGCCAGCCUGCGGACUCACAUCUGCCAGGCGCUGCUUCACCUCCUGAGCCUAGCCAGUGCCUCAGACCUGCCCGGCAUUCAAGAAACUCUUAAGCUGCAUGGGGAUAUGAUUCGGUCCUACAUCCUACAGUUCUUAAAAUCAGGAGCAGAGGGAGAUGACCCCGGAGCAGUCCACACCCCACAGGAAAGAGUCCAGAUGGUCCGAGUGGCCCUGAAGCACAUACACAGAGUGCAGACACUGGCUGGAGACACAGCCAGAGGGGCCAUCAUGGGAUUCUUAGAGGACAUCCUGACCGUUCACUGUGACUCCUCAGGAGAACAGGUGAUGCUUCGUGGGCCCUCAGAUCAGUGACUUUCCCACCCUCCCCUCACAGGUCACGAGUGGCAAUCAGACACCAAGCCUGUGCAUUUGAUACAUGGAGUUUCAUUCUAGGGCAGGAGCAUCCGGCAGCGUUUAUUUAGAACGGGUUAGUGGCUAUUUAACUUUUUCUCAAAGGGCUUCGCCACUUUGGAGAGUGGUUCCAUUACUGGCCAUUCUAACCCAGACAACCAAGAAACAAGGAAUCAGGAUCUAUGUAGCCUGGGCCCAAACAACUGGAGGUCUUUUAGUCUCAGAAAGAAAAAAUAAAUAAAUUUAGAAAUUAGAAUCUUAUUAGAAUUGUGUUUUCAAGAGUGUUUUUUAAAAAGCCUAGCACCGCCAGGCGCAGUGGCGCACUCCUUUAAUCCCAGCAUUUGGGAGGUAGAGGCAGGUAGAUUUCUGAGUUCGAGGCCAGCCUAGUCUACAAAGUGAGUUCCAGGACAGCCAGGGCUAUACAGAGAAACCCUGUCUCGAAAAAGAAAAAAAAAAAGCCCAGCACCAAUCGGAGCAAAGGUCUCAUGCAGUGUCUGCUGGCACAGCUGCAGCAGCUGCAGACCCCUGCAAGAGCCCCCCUUGAUGAAUGUGCAGCUGCUCGCCUGCACCUGCGUGCACCCCAGGGCUCCUCCCCUCCCCACAGUCCAGGAUCCUGCGCCACAGCAGCACCAACUUUUGUCUAAAUUUACAAAUGACAUUUAGGAUGACAUGGUCCCGUACAUUAAAUAUGCUGUUUGGCCAGCCACCUUUUAAUUUGUGUAUUUUGGGUUAUUCAUGUAACUUAAAUGGUUAUUAAUGUCAAACACUUGUUAAAGUAAUUUCUGGCCAAUCAGUUGUUUACAUUUAGAUUUUGUACUUUUGACCACAAUCAAUUUAAUAAAGUUAUUUCCAUCCAAAGUGUAGGGUUAUAUAAGAAAGAAAGUACUUCACACUUAUAUUUGCUGUGGGAUAAAUUAAAAGAUGCAAAGAUUGGUUCUAGUGAUAUUUGUUUAAUUGUGAGAUUUAAGCUAGGCAUGGUUAACAUUUCUGUUAUCCCAGUACCCUGUAGGCCGAGAUAGAAGAGCGAGCAAUGGGUAAUAUAGCAAAACCCAGUCUCAGAAAACUGAAGUAAUGCUAGGCGUGGCAGUCCACACCUGAAAUCCCUGCUCUGAGGAGUCAAGGCACGAGGGCCAGGAGUUUGUAAGUCUCUCCUUUGCUGUGUAGUUCCAGGCAAACCUGAGCUACAUAAGGAGAGUCUAUCUCAAACAAAUGCCCAGCAGACACUGGGGAGAUAGCACAGUGGGAAAGGUACUUGUGCAAGCCUGAGAACUGUAAUUUGAAUCACCAGAAGCUGCCAAAAAGCCAGAUGGGCACUGUAUGAGCAAAUAUAGCACGCUCUGGGUUCAGUUGAGAGACCCUGCCUCAGCGAAUAUAAGAUGGAGAACAAUGGAGACUGAAUCCUGACAACCACCUCAGACACACACACACACGCACACACGAGAAAUACAACAGAAACCAAAAUUGUCACUUGAAGUACACAGUACACAGUUAAAGGCAUGCAUAGAUCUUCAGGUUUUCCCCUUUGCCCCUAAUUUCCUUCUUCUUUUUUUUUUUUUUUUUCUUUUCUAUCAUGGUGGUUCAGAAACUGCUGUGUAGACAGUGACUGGUGAACACGCACUCACACUGACUAAAGUCUUCAUGUUCCAAUGGUAGAGGGCUCGCCUGUCCAAAGGGGUCCGCCUACACAGUGAGGGGUCCACACAGAACAUUGUGUGAGCUUGCAUUCCUUCAGGGUGAUUCUGAAAUGGAGGGCCCAGGCAUCGAGCUGACCCUGCCCUGACCCUGCAUGGCUUCCACACCCUCCUCUGCAUCCUCAGCUACGGCUUCUUUCACACACUUCCCUAGGCCAGAGGAUCUGACAGGCUCUGGUUCUUUGAAUUUUCGCCAGUUUGUAUCUUGGUGAAAAUACUUGCAAAACCGGAUCUGAUGGUUCAUUUGCCGAUCUGCUCCUGUCCUUUGCUUACCUUGAAUAAAACCUGGCAUUUCUUUGUAA